UAGUCUACUCGCACACAUGUAGGCUGAGGCCGUCGGAUGCAGCACUGUCAUCACAUCGACCAAAGCCUUAGUGAUUCUUCAUGCCACAAAACGGUUUAAUAUCGGCGACACUACCUAUCGCGUCCAAUACAUUGAUAAUGAUUUUUCAGUUUGCGCACUUCAUUGCGCAUUUAUAAUUAGUGCAAACAGCGCAAAUCGCCUCAUAUGCAUUGCCCUUUGUCCCAGAAGCCACACAACAGAAGGAAAAACCCUGUGCAGUGCAAGCAGCCAUCUUGGACAGGCAGGCAAGGUAGAUACUUCAGCCAGGAUAACCUGCAGAUCUCUUCUGAAGAGCUCAAGACAUUAAAUCGACAAUUUCCGAGUCACGAUGGCCACCGCACCGUACAACUACUCCUACAUUUUUAAAUAUAUCAUCAUCGGGGACAUGGGGGUAGGGAAGUCAUGUUUGCUUCACCAGUUCACAGAGAAGAAAUUCAUGGCGGACUGCCCCCACACGAUCGGCGUGGAGUUUGGCACGAGGAUAAUCGAGGUGAGCGGCCAGAAGAUCAAGCUGCAGAUCUGGGACACGGCGGGCCAGGAGCGCUUCAGGGCCGUCACGCGUAGUUAUUACAGGGGGGCCGCGGGCGCACUCAUGGUCUACGACAUCACCAGGAGAAGUACGUACAACCACCUCAGCAGCUGGCUGACUGAUGCCAGAAAUCUGACCAACCCAAAUACUGUGAUCAUUCUCAUAGGUAACAAAGCAGAUCUGGAGGCCCAGAGAGAUGUCACGUAUGAAGAGGCCAAGCAGUUCGCUGAGGAGAACGGUCUCUUAUUCCUGGAAGCCAGCGCAAAAACGGGUGAGAACGUGGAGGAUGCCUUCCUGGAGGCAGCUAAGAAGAUCUACCAGAACAUCCAGGACGGCAGUCUGGACCUGAAUGCUGCAGAGUCUGGUGUCCAGCACAAGCCCUCCGCACCCCAGGGAGGCCGGCUAAUAACCAACGAACCACAGCCCCAGAGGGAAGGCUGCGGCUGCUAAUGACCAACGCCUCUCUGUUCUCAUCCUCCCUCCAUCUCCCCCACCCCACUCCACUGGGGCUGCAUGAGUGUGGGGCACGGGUGGGGGGAGGGAAUGAGGGAUGGGCUGAAUGGGAGUGUACCUCUAUGAAUCUGUCAUUCCUCCUCCCCCACUUUUUUCACUUUGUCUUCUUCCUCACUUCUCUCUUGUUCCCUCUCUCCCUCUCUUCGUCUGCCCCAUUCAGUCCAGCUCAUCUGCCAUGGAAACCCAGAUCCACACACAUUUAAUAUAUAUACAAACAUGGGUUACUGACAAAGAUAGGUAAUGUUCAUAACAGUCAGAAUAAAUGCUUUUUAAACGUUUCCUUUUAUAGCUUCUACUAUAUACACCGAUCCACCACAUCCCAAACCAAGCCUGUGUAGUCGAUAAUCGCCAUUGACAUGAAGCUAUCCAGACACACUCCCCCCGCGUCAGUCCUGCAUGGUUUAAUGUUCUAGGACUGUUUUAAACUGAAAUGGUUAGUGAAGGGAUUGAUGUAGUAAUGUAUGACGCAGCCCCGCUACUGCGUGUGUCUGUUCAUGUUUGGUCUAGUUGUUGAACAGGGUCUAGAGCAGUCCUUAGCCAAAGCUUUCCCCCUGGUCCUUAUGGUGAAGCUCUGAUGGUGUCCUACAGUACAAUACACCUCAGUGUGGCAACACUAGUGUAGUAGACACUUAAAGCCCAAGAGACCUGGAAUUCCCCUCUACCUACAUGACGUCACAGGAAGGGGGGUGGGAUUUAUGACUGUUAAUGACACUUCAAAUAAAACUUCUCAUCUUGUUUUUUUAUGGGAAGGAUUCCUUCAGAUCAUCAGUUUCAUUGCACCCGCCCCAUAUCAAUACAAUCUGUCCUUAACAGCAUUUUCUUUGUGGUUUGCCUUGUUAUGAUUUAAUGUUAAAUAUUUUCUUUGCUGCACUUGCUCUACUAUAUGGUAAUAUUGUGGAGAACAUGGAACUGGUUUAACAAUGAGGAAAAGACUGGGGUAGAAGUUUACCCUAUUCCAGUCCUUACUCUGAGGUGAAGAAUUCAAACUGACCCCAGAUCAAUGCUAAGGGUCAUCUUAGACCUGUCUGCACCACAGGUGUAGGGUUCUCUCACCAUAGGCUUGUAUAACAAGACCAAGCAACACGCCUCAUAUUGGAUGAGUGACACUCAUCCCAACUCAAUUUCUGUACCAUAGAAUAAUUCCCCCAAUUCGGCAGCUGUGUAUAUAGCUUAUAUAUGUUGGUGACCAUGCUACUUUGAGGAUAAACAAACCAUGCUGGCUUCGUAGAGAUCUGUACAGUUGUUUGUGGGAUGCUUGUAUUUCGUGCUUGGGAAUUCUGUAACAUAGUUUCUAUGAAUAAAUGUGUAUGGACAGACUUCCUCUACUCACUA